UUUUGCCCAAUGGCGUAGGAGCUGUUGAUCAGCGUUUUGGCGUGUUUUGCAGUAUCAGCUGAUGGACUUGAUGAACUCUUCCGCGUUGUGUAAAAAAAAAAAGAAAGAAAAACAUAACUGCCGCCGUGGAGUUCGUGCCGUGGCAGUACGUCGUGUCGCAUCGUCAACGUCGUAAUAUGCCGACGUACGACGUCGUCAUCGAGGUAACAGCGCCGGGACAGAGCUUUUCGCCUUAACUGCUCGUCGUUUCUGCCACUAAUCCGCUGUCAGGUUGUUUUGAUUUGACUCGCUCAUCGCUCGACACGAGAGAGCACGCGAGAGAGUGAGACGGAAAAGAAGACGUGGAAGGGCGAGAGGGAGAAGAGGCGAGAUAGAGUGAGAGAAUACUUAAUAUUUAAAUAAACAUGGGAGGAGCUGUAAGCUGUGGGCAGGAUAACGACGAAUUAGUUGAUAAUUUAAUGGGUUCAGGAUAUAUCAGAACAAAGAAGGUGGAACAAGUUUUUAGAGCUAUAGAUAGAGCAGACUACGUUCUAUAUGCUUAUCGAGAAGGCGCUUACAAGGACCUAGCUUGGAAACAUGGAAAUAUACAUUUAUCAGCUCCCUGUAUAUAUAGUGAAGUGUUGGAAGGACUUAGUUUAGAACCUGGCUUAAGUUUCUUAAAUCUUGGAUCGGGAACUGGCUAUCUCAGCACAAUGGCAGGAUUGUUGAUAAAACAACAUGGAGUAAAUCAUGGCAUUGAAUUGCAUGAAGAUUGUUUAAAAUACGCAUACGAAAGAUUGGAGGAAUUCAAGCAAACGUCACUGGCUUUAAAUGAGUUUGAUUUUUGUGAACCUGUAUUUAUACAAGGAAAUUGUCUUAGCGUUAUACCUGGCAGGCAAUAUGACAGAGUAUAUUGUGGUGCAGCGUGUCCUGAAAGUCACGAGGCAUUUAUUAAACAAUUUGUACGUGUUGGGGGAGUAUUAGUAAUGCCUUACAAGGAUCAAUUGUUACGUUUGCAUAGAGUGGAUGAGAAUACAUGGUUACAGAACACGAUGCUUCCCGUAUCUUUCGCGACUCUAGUCGUACCUCCGUCCUCGGAACACAAUUUGUUUCACCUGCCGGAGUUCAAUCCGUUGUCUCUGCAAGAGCUGUGUCGCGGUAAAAUCCGACAUCGUCUACGUCGUAAUAUCUGGUACGAGCAUCCCGAGCUCGAGAAAGAGAAGCCUAUACUACCGGUACAUCAGAGACAGACUGCGCAGCAACGUACCCUCAGACGUUUCGUAAUACCUAUUUUUGAGGAAUCUGACGAAUAUUUAACCGAUGAUGAGCACGAGCUUUCCAGCCGGGCGCGUUUUCUAUUAAACGCGAGUCUCGCCGACGUUCAGCCCGGUGAAGCCAUCACGACGAGCUUGCAAUUGGUACGAGCGGUCGUGCAACCAAAUCAGAACGGCGAUGACAGUGAGGAGGCACAACGGGUUUCGAACGCGUACAGCAACGAGAGUACUCGGGAUAUCGGCGUGAACACGGAUUUCCCCGUACGUCAGCAGAGACGAAAAUCUGCCGCGAAAACUGCUGUUUCGAGCAUAAGCACGGACGACACGAGCGCGGGUCACAGUUCCUCCGUAGCCACGGACACGAGCGACAACAACAACGGCGGAUUAGAGGAGCGAAGUAAGAGAGACGCGGAGAAGUCGAGCGUGGCCGCGUACUCGAACAUGAGCGACAGCGACAGCGACAGCGACGCCGAGCAGGAGAGCGCUUUCGUCCAGCGCAAGAAGAUCGCCAAGCGCGAAAAAACGGACAGCGGUAUAGUGGACGACGAUGCGAACUUCAGCAACGACGAGAGUUCCAGUAAUUCGAACACCAAUCACUCGGACUCGGACAUCACGGACACCACGGACGCGGGCGACGCGAUGGACGUGGACCUCCCCGAGAUAGCGAUUUACAAGUCGUGCGGCAACACGUGCUCCCGCACGUCGAGAGGCUCUAAUACCGGCAAGGGCGUAACUGUCGCGCACUACAUAGAUAGCAACGCGUUUGCCGUUUACAUGAGGGAAAAGAUAGAACAGUUACCAUUGCCUUUCUCAAUAAAGCUGUACAUGAAUUAUAACCGGAAAUUAUAAGCGAAAUAUCGUCGUUAUUAUUAUUAUUUAAUAAAGAAAUAUAAAUAACUUUUUAUUACGUAA